UUCCAGCAGAUUCUGGAGUACGCCUACACCGCCACGCUCCAGGCCAAGCUGGAGGACCUGGAUGACCUGCUGUACGCCGCAGAGAUUUUAGAGAUAGAAUACUUGGAGGAGCAAUGUCUGAAGAUCUUGGAAACCAUCCAGGCGUCCGAAGAGAACGACACGGAUGUGAACAUGAACGAGAACGGCGCAGAGGAUGCCGAUGACCACAGGAUCAAAUACCUUAAGAGCGCUUUCAUGUCUAAAAAGCAUUCCAUACAGGACGGCGGCCAUCGUCAUCGCUUGGCCCUGGUCAGCAUGGUCGAUAAGAGAUCUUCAGAGUCCAUCCAACGGGGUCUUUCAACCGUCAGCCCGACUAAAGCAGCUAUAGAGGGCCUGAUGAGCAUGGGACAGUCCGUCCUCCAGGAAAACAUGGCCCAGAGUUUCUCAAAUAACCUCGGUAACUCAUCUCCAUUGCUAGAUAAAAUCAAGACUGAGAUGAUGCAGGUAGACGAGGACUACCAACAUAAAGGCGGCUUCCCCAGGAACGGGGAGGGUGGAGGUGACUCCAGGCAGCGCCGGGACACUCCUGGAACCCCGACCAGAGGUAGCGUCAUCACCAGCGCUCGUGAGCUCCACUCCGCCGAUAGUUCUGCUGAUUCCCAAGGAGACAACACUCAAGCGGGUCUGGUCAAUAUGGCCAGUCUGGCUGAUAGACAUUUCGCUUCGCUGUGCUCUAUCCCGUCCAACCAUAAGAGUGAAAGCAUGCUGCCCUUGCCUGUGUCCAUGGCCUCGUCGCUACAUGUGCCGUCCUCCCUGGCCAUGUCGAUGGAUUUCAGUGCCUAUGGGGGGCUCUUCCAUCAGAGCUUAAUUCAGAGGGAGUUCUUAAGCAAGCUCGGGGAUUUCACAGCGAAUGUGAAGCAUGAGGUCCAAGCCCAGAAAGAAAGAUGUGAGGUGUGUGAUAUGGAGUUGCCUGAUGGUGAAGCUGCUGAACAACACAGGAAGUUGCAUGGUGGAGUGAAGACCUUUGGCUGUGAGUUCUGCGGAAAGCAGUUCCUGGACAGUUUACGACUGAGGAUGCACAUGCUGUCUCAUUCAGCUGGACCAAAAGAACUAGUAUGUGAUCAGUGUGGCGCUCAGUUUUCCAAGGAAGACGCCCUGGAAGCCCAUCGGCAGACUCACACAGGCUCAGACAUGGCAGUGUUUUGUCUCCUAUGUGGGAAGCGUUUCCAGACCCAGAAGGCUUUGCAGCAGCACAUGGAGAUUCACGCCGGCAUGCGCAGCUAUGUCUGCAGCGAGUGUGAACGCACCUUCCCGAGCCACACAGCGCUCAAACGCCAUCUCCGCUUGCACACAGGUGACCAUCCGUUCGAGUGCGAGUUCUGCGGCAGCUGCUUCCGUGACGAGAGCACACUGAAGGGUCACAAGCGCAUCCACACCGGAGAGAAGCCUUAUGAAUGUAACGGCUGCGGCAAGAAGUUCAGCCUCAAGCAUCAGCUGGAGACCCACUACCGUGUCCACACAGGUGAGAAGCCAUUUGAGUGCAAGCUGUGCCACCAGCGCUCGAGGGACUACUCCGCCAUGAUCAAACACCUGCGUACCCACAACGGCGCUUCACCCUACCAGUGCACCAUCUGCCAGGAGUACUGCCCCAGCCUCUCGUCCAUGCAGAAGCACAUGAAGGCCCACAAGCCCGAGGAUGUGCCCCCAGACUGGAGGAUAGAGAAGACCUACCUGUACCUCUGCUACGUGUGAGACAGUGCAACAAAACGGAAUGGGAAAGUGGCAAGAUACGCCCAAAGACAAUUCACUUGAAGGUUUGCUUUUGGUCCUAGCCAAAGAUGGUGAGAGGGCGUGGUCAAAGUAAUGAAAUGUGAAGUGGAUUUUUUUGACCUUCUAUUUGUGACAUGCAUUUGUGCACAUUUUUAGGAUGUAACUGCACUCACAAAUGUUUAUAAAAUGGAAAUGUGAUAUGUGAUAAAGGGAUAUGAAUUUUCAGAAAGUGUGACGAGAAUCCAUUUGUCUGCAUUCCACCCUAUUAAUUGGAUGGCAUGAUCAUGAUGUAAUGUUUUAUUCAAAUAAGGAUUCCCACACUUUUUCUCCACGGACAACCCAUAAGCCAUAGACUUU